AGAUGCAUCAUCCUAUUCAGAUGAAACCUGCUGACAGUGAAAAAUCAAAUGCUGUGGAAGACCGAAAGCUGUUCAUAGGGAUGGUUUCGAAAAAGUGCAACGAGAAUGACAUCCGAGUGAUGUUCUCAACGUUCGGACAGAUAGAGGAAUGCAGAAUUCUACGGGGUCCUGAUGGAUUGAGUCGAGGCUGUGCAUUUGUCACGUUUUCCACAAGGGCAAUGGCACAGAAUGCAAUCAAAGCCAUGCACCAGUCCCAGACCAUGGAGGGCUGCUCAUCGCCAAUCGUGGUGAAGUUUGCGGACACUCAGAAGGACAAGGAGCAGAGGCGCCUGCAGCAACAGCUGGCCCAGCAGAUGCAACAGCUCAACACAGCAACCUGGGGAAAUCUCACUGGCCUGGGUGCCCUGGGACCACAAUACCUGGCUGUAAGUGGUCAUUGGGGAACCAAGAACAGUGUCGAAAUUGGAACAAAAGAAGUUUUCGUACCCCAAAACAUGCAUACACUUUUGCAGCAAGCGACUUCGACGAGUAACCUGGGCGCGUUCAGUGGCAUUCAACAAAUGGCGGGUAUGAACGCUCUGCAGUUACAAAACCUAGCAACCUUGGCAGCAGCUGCUGCCGCAGCUCAGAACACGGCCACCACCAACGCCAACCCUCUCACCGCGGCUACAGGGGCGCUUGGAGCACUGACAAGUCCAGUGCAAUGGGGAAACAGCAAUCAGCAGUCGAUGCCUGUAGCAGGAACAACAAAUUCUGGCACAAGUGCAGCCAUGAACUCCCUGACCUCCCUGGGAACACUCCAGGGGCUGGCUGGAGCUACUGUUGGUUUAAAUAACAUUAAUGCACUGGCAGUUGCUCAAAUGCUCUCAGGUAUGGCGGCGCUUAAUGGCGGACUCGGAGCUACUGGCUUGACGAAUGGAUCGGGUGGCACCAUGGACGCACUGACUCAAGCCUACUCAGGAAUCCAGCAGUAUGCAGCGGCUGCACUGCCCACACUGUACAGUCAGAGCCUGCUGCAGCAGCAGAGUGCCGCAGGCAGCCAGAAGGAGGAAAGAUGGCUCACAGCACUUUGCAGAGCAGAACCCAACACUGGUCAGCAAGCUGGAGGCACAGGGCCAGAAGGUGCGAAUCUGUUUAUUUACCACCUUCCCCAAGAGUUUGGCGAUCAGGAUAUCCUACAGAUGUUUAUGCCGUUUGGAAACGUUGUGUCUGCUAAAGUCUUCAUUGAUAAACAGACCAAUCUUAGCAAGUGUUUUGGUUUUGUAAGCUACGACAAUCCAGUUUCUGCGCAGGCUGCCAUCCAGGCUAUGAAUGGCUUUCAGAUUGGAAUGAAGCGCUUAAAGGUUCAACUGAAACGAUCCAAGAAUGACAGCAAGCCGUACUGAGUCUAGUGUGGGAGGUUAAUGCUGUUACUUUAGCUUUGUUAGGACAUCUUCAUGCUCGUUAGUUCAUCGUUUGCCUAGCAUGUCCCUGUGACGUCAAAAAAAAAUUCAAAAAAAAGCUCAUCGUCCCGUCAUUGUUUCUGAUGUCUUUCUGACCUCACAUCACACUUGGUCCUCCUACUUGACCCCUUGACCUAGUUUGACUUUGAGAUUUUUUGCAUGUGACCUCACGUAGCUCUGAAUUCUAAAGAGAUCAAUGUGAAAAACGUAGCUGCAUUCGUGUUAAGACUGAAAAAGAAAAAAAAAUUAUUUUAAGAAAGUAAAGCAAGAAAAAAAAUUAUAUGAGAGAGAGAAGGGAAAAAAAAUAACCUGUGGCGGAAAUGUUUCUUUUUUUUUCAUGAAACAAACUUGAAAGUAUUAUACAGGGAUUGACUUUCUCUCUGGUCACUUAGAAACGCAAUAGCAAUAUGUGGCCAGUGUGCAGAAUGUUGGUUUCUCAAUGAAGCAGACUACUUCUGAUCAGAUGCUGAAACUGGUCGGAUAUUAUCAAGAGCUCUGUAAUAAUUUUUACAUUUUUCAGGCAGUGUAAAGUUUUGAUAAGGCCAUUUAAGUGGCUCACUUUCUCAUCGAUAUAUAUAGAAAAGAUUAAAACCACUUUUUUUGUAGACUAGUUUAAGAUAAUUAAAAAAAAGAUGACCCAUGUUUGGGGAAAGACUACCUAUUUGUGUCACCUUUUGCUGAACUGAUUCACACCUAGACAAUCUGUGGUAAAUGCACAUUAAAUGACCUAUAUUUUAUACUGUUUAAAUGUAUUGGAGAAGAUAAAACAAAGCAGUAAGUGUAAACUUCGUCACGUUGGUAACUAUGUGGGUUAAGUUUUGGUGUCAUCGCAAUUUUUAAGGUUCUAUGAUUAAGUGUUUCGUAAAACGACACAUUUUUCAGUUCACUCGGCAAAAGAUUUUUUUUGGCGGCCAAAAAAAUCUUAACUCUUCGGGUGAAAAGGGAUAAAAAGAAUUAUACAAUUCCAGGACAAAAAAAUCUUGUGCUUUGUGUGUGAAACGUUUUGACGUCCGAUUUUGUUCCUUUCUUUUCGUUGUGAGAUUUAACAGUUUGACGUAUUCUUUGUUCAGCAAAAUGUGAGAUUGGCUUUUUUUUCUUUUGGAAAAGAAGAAAACAGCGACUUAAAUCAGUGGGAUUAGUGCCAAAUUCCAAAAGCAAAAUAAAGGUACUUCCUGCCUAGUGCUUAAUUGUGUUAAUUGUGAGAAGUAAUUUGAUAACAUGGGUAUUUUGUUACUUGAGUGUUUUGUAAUAAUUCUCUCAUGUUUGAAAAAAAUUAAAGGAAAAAAAAAUAGAUCAAAACCAGAGAGAAAAAAAAGUUUGUUAAAUUGCUAAAGCUGUGGUCUUGUUGCCUGAGAUUGUUCAUUGUUUGUUAUUUCUCUUUGUAAAAGCGCUCCAUGUUUCCCAACCUUGCCAUUUAUAGAAGCUGUGCAAGCAAACCUCACAAAAGCUUUUUUCUUAUAGUUGUGAAAUUUAAAAAAAACAGUUUAAAAAAACAAAAAUUUUUAAAAAAAAAAAAAAAGCACCCCCCCAA